AGUGUGAGAUAGAGAGAGAGAGAGAGAGAGAGAGUGAGAGAGGGGGGGAGGAGGAGGAGGAGGAGGAGGAGAGGAGGAGCACCGUCGCGACACCAGAGAAAGAGUUAUCAUAGUAUAGAAUCUAGAGAUAGUGAGUUUUGGUGCUUGUGCUUGUUUAUUUCGAGAAGGUGAUGGCAAUCCCACAGGCGGAGUCACACCGAGCCAGGGCUCGCCCACCGGUGGUCCGGAGAGUCCCGUUGCGUCAGCUACUGCGCGUGACUUCAAUCGCGGGUGGAAUACAAUUCGGAUGGGCUCUACAGCUCUCUCUCUUGACACCUUACGUUCAGGAACUAGGAAUUCCGCACGCGUGGGCCAGCGUUAUAUGGCUUUGCGGGCCAUUAUCGGGCCUGGUGGUGCAGCCCCUCGUUGGCCACAUGAGUGAUCGCUGCGCUAGCCGGUUCGGACGCCGCAGGCCGUUUAUUUUAACAGGUGCAAUUUUAAUUGUUGUUGCCGUUUUAAUCAUCGGCCACUCGGCCGAUAUCGGAUGGUUGCUAGGAGACAGGGGAAACACCAGACCAAGAGCUAUUGGAGUUUUUGUGUUCGGAUUCUGGGUUCUGGACGUGGCUAACAACACGACUCAGGGUCCCUGUAGAGCGCUUCUUGCUGAUCUUACUGGAAAGGAUCAUCGGAGGACUCGAGUGGCCAAUGCUUAUUUCUCACUAUUCAUGGCUAUUGGUAAUAUUCUUGGCUUCGCGACUGGAGCAUUCAGUAAUUGGUUCAAGGUUUUUCCAUUUACAGUUACUACUGCAUGUAACGUUGAUUGUGCCAAUCUCAAGUCUGCAUUCUAUCUUGACAUUGUUUUUAUGGUAAUUACUUCGUAUCUAAGCAUUACAGCAGCUCAAGAAUCACCUCUAGGUUUGUCCAACAGAUCCACACCCUUGGCUGAAGAUGUGUCAGUAGAGUCAAGCCAAGAGGCUUUCCUAUGGGAGCUAUUUGGGACAUUUAGAUAUUUUCCUUGGCCUGUGUGGACGAUAUUGUUAGUUACUGCUCUAAAUUGGAUUGGUUGGUUUCCAUUUCUUCUCUUUGAUACUGAUUGGAUGGGUCGAGAAAUCUAUGGUGGAAAGCCAAAUGAAGGACAGAAUUAUAAUGUUGGGGUCAGAGCGGGUUCUUUUGCUCUGAUGUUGAAUUCGGUUUUUCUUGGCAUAACAUCUGUGCUCAUGGAAAAGCUCUGCAGGAAGUGGGGAGCUGGUUUCAUUUGGGGGCUCUCAAAUAUACUGAUGGCUCUUUGCUUCCUUGCUAUGCUUAUAACCUCCUAUGUUGCAAACCAUAUUGGCUAUUUAGGUCAUGAUCUACCACCAAGUGGCAUUGUAAUUUCAGCAGUUGUUAUUUUUGCAGUUCUUGGCGUUCCGCUGGCAAUCACUUAUAGUGUGCCGUACGCCUUGAUUUCCUCACGGAUAGAACCUCUAGGACUUGGUCAAGGUUUAUCAAUGGGUGUUUUAAAUUUGGCAAUUGUGAUUCCACAGGUGAUUGUGUCACUUGGAAGUGGACCAUGGGAUCAGCUAUUUGGUGGUGGAAACUCGCCAGCCUUUGCAGUUGGAGGUCUUGCAGCCUUAGCUGGUGGACUCAUAGCCAUUUUGGGUAUUCCUCGAUCUGGUACUCAGAAGCCCAGGGCCCUUCCAUGAGAAGGUGCUGUCAUACUCAAAAUGCAAGCCUGAGUGUGUAGAAAUGUGAAAUUUCAUUGAAGUUUUGAAGGUUUGGAAAUUCAUCAAUAAUUCAGAGUUCAACUGCAUAGUCAGCUCUAAAUAAAAAUAGUUAGAAGGAUACGGGUUCCAGGUAUAAACUUGUGCUUCCAACAGAAUACAUAUAUUAGGAAAUGUAAAAGCUGUAUAUAAACACUGGUUGCAUAAUGGCAACUCGUAUAUUGUGAGAUGAGUUUCAUAGUUGUCGGUGAAUGAUGAGUGAAGAAUUUCCUCCAAUUAGAAUAAGCCUACGUGCUGCCAUGGAAAAGUGAAGCCCAGGAUUGCUCUCGAGACUGCUUCCUCACCAACAAGAUAAGUUGCUGCUGAUUGGAUUUAUUCCUCAUCAGAACAUUUUAGAAAAAAAAAAAAGGCAAAUAAAUAAAAGAAAUAUUUGAUUGUCCAUUGGUGGUCCGGGCAUGAUGCGUUGGAAUCUCUAGUAAUUUUUUGUGCCUGAAUUUGUUGUAUGAAUGUGGUGAACUUUGCUUGGUGGCCAUCAGUUAGUAUGUGAGUUGUGCUGAUGGAAACUGUGAUGGGGACAUGUCUUUUAUGCUUUGAUUUUUCAAAAAGCUUGAUUGAUUUUUA